AAAUAUUACAAUAUAUAUUUUUUAACUUAUUUUCUCGCCGUAACGGUAAUGGACGAGCGGAACCUCUCCGUUUUUUUCUCCCUUUCUCUGUUCAGUCAGGAUGAAGUAGUUUCCGGGCGACAGGGUACCAGCAGUAAACAUGGCGGAGGAACUGCUGGAAACAGUGGACAGACUUCAGUCCCGGCUCCUGGAGAACCCGGAGCCCCGAAAGUUACUGAAGACUUUCAAAAGACUGGGGGAACUUCCCAUGACUGUGGACAUCCUGGUGGAAACUGGAAUCGGGAAGACUGUGAAUUCUUUUAGAAAACAUGACCUGGCAGGAGAGGUGGCAAAAGGCCUCGUAGCCAAAUGGAAGAAACUGGUUCCUCAGUCUGCAGACAGACCCGCCAACAGCCACGUCAAAGAGGCGCCUCGGUCACACACACACUCUCGGGACCUAGAAGCAGGAGGUGGAGGCCACAGACGCACCCGGGAGCCCUCCCCCGAGGAAGAACCCUCCUACAUGGAGGAAGAAGAGGAGGAAGAGGAGGAGAGAGGUUAUCACACAAACUACUCGCCGUCACCUCCUCAACACGAGCAGUACAGCCCGCCACAGCGACGAGACUACCAGUCGGACGAGUAUGAGAGCCCCGAACCCGAACCCGAGCUGGAGCCCGAGCCUGAACAUGAACCUGACCCCGAGCCCAGUCCUCCGCCUCCUCCUCCUCGCAAAGAGAUCCGCCACGCCAAACCAAACAAAGAACCCAAUAAAAACUACCACCAUAGUUCCCACAGCGACAAAAACAGGGACAGAGACGAAGAGCGGCGGCAACGCCACGCACAGAUGAGUAGUGAUCGAGGGGGAGGAGGAGGAGGAGGAGGACGGGAAGGGAACGAAGGGAAGAAACGCAGCGCGGACAGAGAGAGGCAGCAGAGUCCACUACAGAAGUCUGCGAAGCACAGCAGGAAGUCCACCACGCAUGAGGGCAAGAAGGAGGAGAAGAAGAAAGGAGGAGAUGAUGGGCGACCACGGGCGCCGAAGGACUCUCCGCCCAAAGAGGAGGAGGAGGACUUUGAGACUCCCACCAUGUCCUUCGAGUCUUUCCUCACGUACGACGCCCCGACGCCCGUCAAAAAGAAGAAGAAGCCAUCGUCGUCCUCGUCCUCGUCACACAGUCGACCGUCUCACUCUUCCUCCUCCACGUCGUCCUCCCAUCGCUCACGCUCCUCUCCGCCUGCUCCCCCCCCUUCCUCCUCCUCCUCCUCUUCCUCCUCCAAAGGGAACAAGGCCAACGGCACCCAGAGCUCCAAGAGGCCACAUUCAGGCUCCAGUUCGGCAACGUCGGAAAAACGCAAGAGGGUGGUUGAAUCUGCUCCGACUCUCCCUGAAAUCCCUCUGCCAGCGAUUCAACCCAACUACAGACCUCUGCCCUCCAUCGACGUCACGCCGCUGUCCCCUCAGAGACGGAAAGUUCCCGUCUGCAACGACGAGGAGGACACCGGGUUCACGGGGAAGCGGUUCAACUCCAAGAUGGUGGUCUACUCGGGGUCGAAGACCGCCUACCUGCCCAGGAUGAUGACCCUGUACGAGCAGUGCAUCCGUGUGCUGCAGAAUAACAUCGACUCCAUCGCUGAGGUUGGAGGAGUGCCGUUUGACAUCCUGGAGCCGGUGCUGGAGAGAUGCACCCCAGAGCAGCUGUACCGCAUCGAGCAGAGCAACCAGUGGUUCACGGAAGAAUCUGAUGAACUGUGGAUGCGUCACUGUCAGCGGGACUUUAAGCGCGAGUCUCCUCAGGAGUACGAGUCGUGGAGGGAGAUGUAUCUGAGGCUGCACGACGAGCGCGAGGAGCGGCUGAGGUUGCUCACCCAGAACAUCUCCUCCGCACACGCCAACAAGCCCAAAGGGCGGCAGGUUAAGAUGGCGUUUGUGAAUUCUGUCGCCAAGCCGCCGCGGGACGUCCGCCGCCGACAGGAGAAGUUCGGCACCAUCAGCGGUUCUUCAGCCGCCUCCACCGCAGCUGCAGCUCCCAUCAAAAUAAGACCAGUCAGCGCUGAUUAUUCUGCUGAAACGAGCCGCUCCUCUUCCUCCCAAUUUAACCCUUCUCCAAGCUCGUCUCGCUCCUCAGCACCAGGAGGAGGAGGAGGAGGUGGAGGAGGAGGACCAGGACCUGCUGCCCGGGACAAGCCACAGGUCAAAAAAAUCGCCCCCAUGAUGGCCAAAACUAUCAAAGCUUUCAAGAACAGAUUCUCCCGUCGAUAGUGUGAAAGAGACUGAAUGUAUUUUAUGAAUUCCAACUGUUUUUAAUUUAAGUUUAGCAAAGUUUUACUGGAGGACCCCCUCAGCCCUACACACACAAACACACACACACACACACACACACACACACACACACACACACACACACAGAAACAGUCACAUGAACACACACACACACACACACACACACACACUGUCAUGUGUCCACCAAACAUAAAAUAGGAACGUUUCAGUAUUGGUGGAAGAACGGUUGAUUUUUACAUUUUUUUAUUUAAGUGGUGGCGUCUGUUUUGGGGGUCUUUGAAUUAGUAUUUAUAUCAUCAGCGGCGGUCAGUGGGUGUGACGUUUGUGCUCGGAAAAUUAAGUCACCAAUUUUUUAAAAGACGCGAAAGACUCAAACACACACAUACACACACAUACAUCUGCAAACACACAGUCUGUUACUUUUCUUGUUUUUCUAGCAGCCAUUUUAAAAGGAAUAGCUUAACGCUCUGGCAAAUGCCUGUUUUUUGCUUUCCGACAGAGACAAAAAGAUCACUCUCACAUCUGUACGAUAAAUAUGAAGCUAGAACCAGGGGGCGCUUAGCUUAGCUUAGCAUAAAGACUUUAAACAGGGUGAAACGGCUAGCAUGGGUCUGUCCUCAGGUUGUCAGAGAUUUAAACGUCGAUACGGUUUAGCAUAGAUGAUUUGCACACAGUGCUGCUGGUACAGAAAAAGUGGCUGAUCACACAGUUAUUUUCCUCUGUGCAUCCUGCUGGUAGAUUUGUUAUUUUAUAGCUUCCGUUCUAUCAUUUUAAUCAUGUGGUAUUGAAAAUUGUUGAUUGUUUUGACAGACUUUUUUUUCUCCUUUGUUAAACCCUAUGUAUUUAAACCAGAGGGGUUUUUUUAAAGUGAGAGGCUCCAAACCGCUUCAGAGGAGGCUCAGAGCAUGGAAGUAAAAAAAAAAAUCACAUGAAUUAAUAAGAUCAUAUUGGAAUAACCUAAAUGUGUGUGAUUUGAUCAGAGUGAUACAGCUGUUUGGGGGAUUUCUACUGUUUUCCUACUUUCCUGGAGUCUGGAACUCAUAAAUCCCUGUGGACAGACCUUUUUUUUAAAAUCUAUUUAGUAUCGUCCAAAACUAUGUCAAACAGCAUUAUUAGAGUAAUAUUAUCUUAUUUUAUCAUCUCAAUCAUAAUAUUGAUCCUAUAGGCAUCCUGAAAUUGAGUUAAACUAAGCAGGUAAACUUUGGUUCAUAUGAAGGGGCUCAGUCUCAGCGUUUGAAGACCCCUGGUUUAAACCAUGGAAACACUGUAAAAUCAUGUAUAAAGAGGAGACAGAGGGGGUUAUGUGCCAAAAACUUGUUUUUUGACAGAACCAGUGGAUGCCAGAAGUUACUGGUCAAGCGUUAUAAUUUUCUUAGCUUAUAACCUGCUUGAAAACACAGAAUUGUCCUUUUUGCAAUGGAAACUACUAUUUUUUAAAUUUGAUUGAAAUCGAUGGUAUGGACAAAUUGCAUGAGGCACAAUAUUUGUUAAUUUAAAAUGAUUAAUUAAGAUUAAUUAAGUACUGUGGUGCUGCAGAGAUCAUGAUCAUUUUAAUGUAUUUUAAUUCCCUCUGUUAAUCAUGAAUCAUAUUGUAAUUUUAAUAUCAGAUAAAAUAAUCGCAAUUACAUUAUUUUUUCCAAAUGUUGCAGCCUUUGUGCAGAGACACAAACUAUUAUGAGUGUUAGCUUUAUAUUAGUUGAUAGGUGUAUUUUUUUCCUGCAUACUAACUGUUCCUCCUGUUUCUAGUCUUAAUGCUAAGCUAACUUAGCUUCUUAUUGAUCGUACAGACAUGAGAGUGGCGUCGAUGCUCUUAUCUAACUCUUAGUAAGAAGGCAAAAAAAAGGGACCUUCUACUAAAGUUUCAAACUUUUUCUUCAUGGGACAGAAAGAAUCACAGAUUCUUUUCAUUUUAAGAAAUGUUGUUUGUUACUUUUUAAUUAUGAUCAAAUGAAACACUACAUGAGGAAGAACCUUUGCACACUUUUUAAAAAUUGUUUUGGCAUGCAAAUUGCACGUCAGCCGAGACAUCAAGUGGCUGGUUAAAGACUCUGCUUUUUAAAAAAACAAACAAACACCUGCAUAUUUAAACAUGGUACGUUUUUUUUAAUGUGUAGGGAUCAAUUGACAUCAAGGUGACACACACACAAAAACCCCCAUUGUAGACUUGUUUUGACCCUCCUGUGGCUUCAGAUCAUGUAUUCCUGCUGUCGAAUGUGUGUGUCCUUGUUUAUAUCUGCUUCACUGUGACAAAUGGCUUGAGUGAAUGCUGAAGAGUCUG